AUGGCCAGAUCUGUUGCUUUAGUCGCCGCUCUGGUGGCAAUGGUUAUGGCCGUCGAGUUCGCAAGCAUUGCCGAUGCAAAACAUAAAAGCAAUCUGAGGGUGUACGAGACGUCAGGGUGCCGCAACCGUUCCGAGAAGUAUGAGUCUUGUGGCUGUCACAACCUCAAGUAUAAUGCCGGAUACAAGUACGAUUAUAACGAGAAGCAUGAUCCGGACUCGAACAUAACAGUGUACAAGGCCCGUAACUGCACGGGGCAUGGGCAUGUGUUGCCUCAAGCUGAUACGAAAAACUGCAGCGCCUUCACAUAUGAGAGUGCCUACAUCAAGUGUUGA